GUCUUUUUUGUUGUUGCUAAAAAACUUAAAGACAAUUUAGUAUUUCUAACUGUAAGUUGGUGUGGGAGUCAGGUAGGCAUUGGACCAUCGAGAUGUGCAGCUUGAUUCUCAGGAGUGACAGGAAGUAGACGUUCCGGGGAGGUGCUGAAGAUCGUCAAGAUGGCCUCCGUCACCAACCCCAUUCACAGCCCAAUGCGCUGGAAUAGAGUGUGGCUGCGGAGAUGUGGGGCGGCGUUGCCAUGGUGAUCAUUUACGCAAAAAAAUAACUGGAAAAGAAACCGGGUGUCGACGAUGUAAAGUCCAAAGUCAAAGAGACUGAUUUGGAGCUGAUCAAGGCAGAGACCAUGAGCCUCCAGGGGACAGCACUCUUCUCUUGCGGAGUCAUGGAGACCGGCAGCAGGUGGGGUGACGUGGAUCUGGGCCGGGCGUGUUGUGGAGCCCUGCAUCACCAGAGACCCUCAGUGGAGUCCAGUUGCCUGGAAAACCUGUGGGAUGUCCUGCCGUGUGAGGUUCUACCCUCCCACUACUACCAGAGCUCAGUCCGCUGUGGGGACAGAGACGCAGGACUGAGUCCCACCAGCAUCACCUCCAUCCCAGGCACCAUCACCAGCCUGCUACAGGACCUGAGCCUGGGUGAGGCGUCAGCCGCUUCAGCCGCUCCACCCUCCGCCGCUCCACCCUCCGCCGCUUCACCCUCCGCCGCUCCACCCUCCAAACGCCAGUGCCGCUCCGUCUCCUGCUCAGAGGACCUGGGAGGCUGUAGGUCGGCCUGGAGGCCCCAGGGGUCCGGGGUGUGGACGGCUGUGGCGAAGAGGCGAUGCCACAGCGGAGGAAGUGUCCAGAGAGGAUUUGCAACAGGAGGAGGGACACGCUCUCAGCAGCUAGGGUUCCCUGCCAUGCAGCGUAGCUCCAGCUUCAGCCUGCCAGCUCGCUCCAACACCCUCUCCCUGGAUCUCACUGGCUUCACCCCCUGCCCUUCCUCCUUCAGCGGCUUAGCCCCCACCUCUUACUCCUCAGAGCCCCCCAGGUCCUUCCUCUACCUCUCUCAUGAACAGAUCUGCCUCCCAGAGAUCCAGGGAGUCCCGGCGUCGCCCCUGAGCUCCCCAGACUCCACCCCAGAGAUGAAGCGUCGUGCUGGGCAGGGGGGGCUGGCCCGGAGUCGCUCUCAGCCCUGUGUCCUCAGCGAUAAGAAGAUGGGUAUGAAGCGGAGGAGACCAGCCGACUCACACAAACAGAGGCCUUCUCUGGAUCUGACCAAGAUGACACAGAAACUUCGCAAUUUCCAAAGCCUCAGCUGCCCUGGGAUCACUGGGGACGCCGGCUAUCAAUCAACCCAGGGCCCGCCCCCUCUGAGCACCACUGACCAAUGUGAGACUGACUUCGCCUCUGCAGGCGAUCAGGGAUUGGACGAUCCAACCGCCAGCUCCAAAGAGGGCGGAGUCGUCACCAGUGUCUCUGGGGAGGAGGAUCCAGCCAUCUGGCUGAGCUCCCCGGUCUGCGAUGACGUGACACACUGGGCAGCCACUGGCACCAGGGAGGAUGUGUAUCAGCUGGGAGGAGAUCUGGACAUUGAUCAGAUCGAGAGGAACUGAACCGGGUCGUGUUCAUUAGGCACCAAAUGGAACAAAACAGACUGAAACGAGGAGGGAGAACCUGGAUAUGUCCAAUGAGAAAUGCUGCAAAAUGUUAAUGCUUUUUUUUCUCAUGUUCCCGAAUGAACAUGACCCUGAACUAUUCUUACCACCCUCAUGGGAAUGGGACUGAAUGACCCUGAACUAUUCUUACCACCCUCAGGGGAAAGGGACUGAAUGAACACGACCCUGAACUAUUCUUACCACCCUCAGGGGAAAGGGACUGAAUGACCCUGAACUAUUCUUACCACCCUCAGGGGAAUGGGACUGAACGACCCUGAACUAUUCUUACCACCCUCAGGGGAAAGGGACUGAAUGAACACGACCCUGAACUGUUCUUACCACCCUCAGGAGAAAGGGACUGAAUGACCCUGAACUAUUCUUACCACCCUCAGGGGAAAGGGACUGAAUGACCCUGAACUGUUCUUACCACCCUCAGGGGAAUGGGACUGAAUGACCCUGAACUAUUCUUACCACCCUCAGGGGAAAGGGACUGAAUGACCCUGAACUAUUCUUACCACCCUCAGGGGAAUGGGACUGAAUGACCCUGAACUAUUCUUACCACCCUCAGGGGAAUGGGACUGAAUGACCCUGAACUAUUCUUACCACCCUCAGGGGAAUGGGACUGAAUGACCCUGAACUAUUCUUACCACCCUCAGGGGAAAGGGACUGAAUGACCCUGAACUAUUCUUACCACCCUCAGGGGAAAGGGACUGAAUGACCCUGAACUAUUCUUACCACCCUCAGGGGAAAGGGACUGAAUGACCCUGAACUAUUCUUACCACCCUCAGGGGAAUUGGACUAAAUGACCCUGAACUAUUCUUACCACCCUCAGGGGAAAGGGACUGAAUGACCCUGAACUAUUCUUACCACCCUCAUGGGAAUGGGACUGAAUGACCCUGAACUAUUUUUACCACCCUCAUGGGAAUGGGACUGAAUGACCCUGAACUAUUCUUACCACCCUCAGGGGAAUGGGACUGAAUGACCCUGAACUAUUCUUACCACCCUCAGGGGAAUGGGACUGAAUGACCCUGAACUAUUCUUACCACCCUCAGGGGAAUGGGACUGAAUGACCCUGAACUAUUCUUACCACCCUCAGGGGAAUGGGACUGAAUGACCCUGAACUAUUCUUACCACCCUCAGGGGAAUGGGACUGUGAAAGAAAAGAGGAGUUGGGUGGUAUAGUAGGUAAACCCUGCUGACAGUCUUAAAGGACAAAGACAAGUAGAGUACAGUAGUCCAUGUGAAGGGACCGGGUCAUGUCUCUGACUGGACCCUGUAGAGUACAGUAGUCCAUGUGAAGGGACCUGGUCAUGUCUCUGACUGGACCCUGUAGAGUACAGUAGUCCAUGUGAAGGGACCGGGCCAGGCUCCUGCUCUGACUGGACCCUGUAGAGUACAGUAGUCCAUGUGAAGGGACCGGGUCAUGUCUCUGGGAGUGAAAGGUGAAGGAGGGUCUCUGUCUGGGCUAUCAGCAUUUCUCUCUUAGCCUGAAUGCCUUUAUAAUGAUGUACUGGGUAUGAACUGAAUAAACAGCUGGUUUGUAUUGUGAUGUACUGGGUAUGAACAGAAUACAACUUGUAUAAAUUCUCUGCACUAGAACUAGUGGAUGUCGUCCCAUUUACCAAAUGGUCACCUAAACCCGAUGCACGUGGGGAUCUGAGAUGAUUUGUACGGUGCAAUAAAUUAUUUAUAAUUAUUAGGUCAAUUAAUAUGGUAGUAGCUCCCCCCUUUCCCUCUGUUAGGCUAGGGGGAAGUUUCACCCUAUUGCUUGUACCAAUCAAAUCCUCUCAGAGGGCGUAGGGCGCCUAGGGGUCCGUCUGGGAUUGGUGUUUCUCAACGCCACUUCCUCCCACAUUAACAGGAAAUGAGGAUGGCGAUGGACAGGACUUUGAGAGCUACCUGUACAUUCCUUCCUCUAUCUUUUUAAUGGGGGGGAAUGUAUUUCACACAGUCACCCACAUACCUGGGUUCAAAUACUAUUUGAAAUCUUUCAAACAAAUCACAUUUAUUUAUAAAGCCCUUCUUACAUCAGCUGAUAUGGGACUGUUCUUCUGCUUAAACAGACAAGCUCAGUCAAGCCCAGUUAAAGUAUUUGAAAUGAUUUCAAAUAGUAUUUGAACCCAGGUCUGCCACACACAGCCUAUACAGAGUAUAUCAAUGAAACAUUUCACACAAUAACAUUGAAAUGAAAAUCUCCUCUCAUUCGUCUGAGAGAAACUGAGUGAUGAAGCUAAUGGCGUGUAAUAUUCUUUAUUUUUAACAAGUUGUUAUGACAACGCUAAUUAAGGUAAAAACAUGAAUAUAUUUAUAUUGGAAUAAACGUGGUUGUUUUACACGUUAAUCGACUGUCUUCAGAUAUAUAUGUGAAUGUAAACUCGGCAACAACAAAAAAAGAAACGUCCUCUCACUGUCAA